UGUCAUCGCCAUAGACAUCUUAAAUCAUAGACGGAGCAUCGAACGCUCUGACGCGAGAAAUGCGGCCGCCAUCUCGAAGUGUGGAUGGGGAGCCCGGGAGCAGCAAAAAUUGACAGUUGACACGUAUGGCCAGGUAGCGUAGCGUCUACAGAAGAACACAAGGAUGCCGGGCUGGUGUUCAGCGUAUGCCUGCUCAAAUGAGCGGACAGUCGAAAAUAGAAAUCAGGGGAUUACUUUUCACAAGUUUCCCAAAGACAAAGAUGUGAGGAAGAAGUGGGAAGUGGCUUUGAGGAGAGAAGGAUUAACUGCAAGUGAUUAUUCAAAUGUCUGCAGUCAACAUUUUAAGCAGGCCGAUUUUGAUAGGACGGGUCAGAUUGUCCGACUUAUUCCAUCCCUCUUCAGCUUCCCGGUUCACCUCCAAAAAUUGGUAAGGGACAGGGCUACGUCUACCUCCAGAAGAGCUGAAGAAAGCCUGUCCAUGGCCUGUAAGGAUUCCCCAGAAAUGGCAACCUCACAGCCACAACCUCAGCCUAAUGAUGAUCAUGGCUAUGCCUUGCCUGCUUCUCCUACCGCUCUUAAGGCCAAAAUCAAUGAACAUUUGGCAAGAGUGGAAAGUCUGGAGCGAGAGAAGAAGAAUGCCAUGUCCAGAGAGAAAAGAGUGUAUUUUUUUAUCUGUUAGUCUUUGAAUAUUAAAGUUGCUAUUUUCUUAUUUUCUCUGUUCUGUAAAAUGUG